UUAGGCCGUAAAACAAUCGCGUAGUCGACCAAAGCUCAAAAGCAUUUACAGUCGAGAAACCUAAACCCUAAUCGGUUGAGGAUGGAGAAGGAGAAAUUGUUGCUGCUGAAAAAAAAAUUAAAAAACUUCGGUCGGUACAGAAGGCUGGGUAUGGGUGGGGAGUCCACUGGGCAAAAACUGAAGAAAUACGGUGUGUUCGAUCUCCCGGGUUGUACGCUCGGAUUUCAGGAAGUGACAUGUCAUGAACUGCGUCCUUGUUCUACCUUACUCACCCUCUAUGCUAAGAUGGGCCUUCAUCGUUACAAUUUGCUCGAGGGUACAAAGUUUCAGCUCAAUGGCGUAAAGAAAUACAUUAGACCAGUGUGUUGUCCUGCUUGCCCUUAUUACAUAACUUUGGAUGCAGUGGACACAACCGGUGGCUCUUCGCUGCUUCAGACUUUUCAGACUAAAGUAUCUGAAGAAAUCUAUCGCAAAUUUAUUCUGACCUGCGAUAUCACAAGAAUUCGAGGUGAUAGAAGAGAUGACGACCCAGCAUCGAUGCGUGCAAAUAUUCGAAUAAGAAAUAACGACCCAGCGAUGAUUACAAAUUUUCCCAUGCCUGAGUGGCCGCCAGAGAAUCCUUUUGAUAUUUAUUACCGGGUCAAGAAAUCAGAGCUGCAAGACAAUGACUGGAUUCGUCUAUAUUUGGAACUUGCUGUUGCCUCCGCUGGAGCUAGUGAUGAUGCUCUCUCCAACUUGGAGAUUGUCACGGUGGCUAUAGGUGAUGAGGGAGGACUCAAUGCGAAUAAUGCAACCUUGUACAUAAGGUACAAUGACUUGUCGCUUGGUAAGGUUUCUGAUCGCGUCGCUCUUGUUAGAAGAAGCUUUGAUGAGGCUACGGGAUGCUUUCUUCUCGUGGGUCUUACUCGUGAGAGUUCACUAGUUAUACCAAACAAGCGUACAGUUGCUUCUGAUGAGGAUACGGGACCCGAGUUUUGCGGGGAACCCUUGGCAGAUAAUAAAAGGACCAAGUUACAUCUCACCGGACUUGCAAAUCAAAUCUCUGAGGAUCCAAAUCAGCUGCCUCUGAACUAUGACGCUGACGCAAUGGUGGAGUAACACCCUGGUGGUGCUGCGUUUGAAAGAUUAUUAUUAAUAAUAAUGCUGGACUAAGUUUGUUAAGUUGAAUGGUUUUUGUGAGAUAUAACAAUCUAUUCAUCACCAAACAUAUCGAAACCACCAUAGUCUUCUUCAUCUGAUUCCUCA